AAACAACAAAAGUCAAAACAUUACCUCCGACACGUUUCUUAAUUUUUUAUUUAGAAAAAGAAAUUAUUACCAUUAAAUGUUUCUUUUACUCAAGAACCUCACAUGCCUAAAAGCAUUUACUCAAAGUUUAUUGUUAUCUAUGAUUCUACUAUCUUCAAUUCUCUUCAAGUGAAUUGCAUUGCACGUUUCAUAUAUUAAAUAAAAGUGCAUAUGAAAAUUAAGGGAUUUAUGCAAGGUGACUGAAGAAGAUGAGUACUGAAGAACAAACGGACACGCUGAAGAUAUACUGGGAUCAUUUCUUCAAAGCAGAGACCGGCACUUAUGAGAAAUCGACAUGGCUGGAUCUUUUCUUGGCUGAAUUUUUAAUACGCCUCAAUGAAGGCGCUGAUCCUAAGGAACUAAUAAAAUUUUGCCCUGUCAGUGGUGUGGUGACUCUAGUAGGUUGCGAACUACUAUGCGGCAUUCACCGUGUGACGUCAUCCAUCAACAGUCACUGUUCUAUGCCGGUGCCUCCCCCUCAGCCUCGUGACCUGACUUGUUCUGGCAAGGAGACGUCGGCAGACACUUCAAGUAACUUAGCUGUAUCUUCUACGUCUAUAGAUGGCGACAAUAAGCCGUCAGAGAAGACUCAAUUCACCAGUUUGUUCAGCAAAACGAACGCUCAGUCGUCGGCUGAGAUCCUGCGACGAUACCUAUUGGGCGGCGUGGCUUGGCGAUGUCUGGUGCUGCUCAGGGCGUUGGGAGUCGAGGGUCUCUCGUGCUGCCGUCAGUUGAGCUCGGUGCUGAUCUGGCUGUUCGGAGAGGUGAGCGGAGCGACCCCCACGGUUGCCGGGUUCGACUCCCCGGCGCGCCCCCUUACACCCCGUACGCCUAUUCAUCUUCUGUUCUCGCACAAAAUAUGGUCCAAACAGAAACAUGCGACAAAUGCGGGUUCCAAGGGAAAUUCUCCUGGUUCGUCCGAAAGAGGCUCCACUAUUGGCAGGUCGAGACUAGCUGUUCACAUAAAAUCAGAAUCUGCUGAUAGUAAAUCAAGGAGGAAGAUUGCGAAACACAGCGAGCAUUCAUCUGAUUCAGCAGCAUCCAAUGACGACCUUCAAAUUCUGAACAGAUCGCUCACAAUUAAGAUCAGUUCUCCUAAUGAUGAUUUCCAAUAUUUCAACUCCCCUUUACGGUCGCCGAGCGAACUCCCCAGCGAGACCUUGUACAGUGACCCAUUUGUCACACCAAAGAAGUCGAAACCAAAGCCAGAUAACUAUAUGAAUGAUGAACACAGAAAGAUUAUUAACUCCGAAAUAACUCCCUUCGAGUUCACACUCAUCAUCAUAGAUUUAUUACAAGAGCUGUGCAAAACGGAGAGCAGUUUGUCGGGAUCGGAAGGAUCUCAAAUAUCUAUGCAAUGUAUAAAUUUUUCCCUAAGAAAUCUUUGUUCUUUGCAGUUUGGGUCAGUUCCAACAGAAAAUCCACAAGUCGAGGAAGUCGCUAAACUUAAAAUGGCACUGACUGAGUUACUAAUAGUUUCAUUAGACAAAGUUCUCAUACAUUCAGACUUGUGUGCCAAAUUGAUCAAUAACGGUAUUCUACCUAUGCUGCUCAGGAUACUUGAGGAUGUCAUUUCCAAAUCCAGUGCCAAAUAUCGUAAAGAUGACAGCCAAAGCCGCAGUGUAGACGUGUAUAUUCCAAAUAAGACUGAAUCGGAAAAUUUGCUCAAAUUCGUAUUCGGUAUAGCUUAUGCGAUAACCGCGUUCUUCCAUUGCUUAUUAAUGCAGUGUCGCACUGUAGAUAAAUUGAGGGAGUUCACUGAUCAGUUCAAAUUGUACGGCGAAUGUCUCAAAGGUGGACUUCUGAAGGAGUGUAUCGAGCUCAUGAUAAGGAUACCCGCGUUGGACCGCGACGAGAGUACGACGCUUAUAAAGAAAUUGAUAGAAGCGAUCGGAAGAUUAGUGUGUGGGAUGAAGCGCGUGCGCAGUGAGGUGAUACACUCCGCGGCGUGUCCUCGCGGCAGGCACAAGGCGUGCCGCGCCCGCGUGCUGGCCGGCAUGCACCACCACCACGACAUCCUGGGGGAACCCAGCGCGCCGCUGCCAGGAUCCUCCGCCUGCUGCAUCGCACUCUUAUACGGAACUCUGACGUCCCUCGUAACUGACGACGAAAUCACUGCGGAGCCAGCACUAAGGAAUAAGCUGCUCAAGGUCAUGUUGAACUCCGGAGUGUGUUGCUGUUUCUCUCCCACCACUCUGAUGGAGAGGAUUGUACGACUUAUGCUCUCUCAUAACGGAGUCGCAACGUUAUGUCUCCAACUCUUGGAACACACGGUCUACGGAGAACUAGGCGCAAGUAUACUUCUGCCGAAAGUGACCGAUCAGCUUCCGUGUUCUAUUUGCGAACCGUCCGAUGAGAAACGAGAUUUCAUUCGGAAGUAUUGUCCGUACGGUAUAGCACCCAUUGAAAAGAAAAACUUGUGGGCAUUUCUUAUACAUUACAACUCGUUGCUGCAGCUAGACAAUCACAAUAACGUGCUGCACGCCACAGUCAGUCAUCUGCUUCGGAUAACCCCGAAAUGCCGUACGGAAAUGAAAUAUGAAUUACUUUUUAGCGUCAUAUACCCUACGUUCAUCGUCGCGAAGCAUAGAUAUAUUUUAAGAACAGAAGAAUCAGCCUACUUCUUGACAGUGUCUUGUCUCAAUAUCUUUGCGAGUCUCCUCAAUACGGUAUCGUUCGCCGAACAGUUCAUCCAAAAGGGAGGUCUCAGUUACGUCCUGGAACUCGUAUCUCUGUCUGAAUUUUCGAAUCAAUGCUGUUCAAUUUUGGAAAUAGCCAUAGCGGUGGAGAUAUUGAAACUCGCGAAGGAGCCGAACCAAACGCGCGAAGUCGGUUCGCUGGCAUCCGUGCAGAUGUUAUUCGAAUCUCUAUCGAACGCGACUGAUGAUUGUUUUAAAAUAUUCGAAUUGAAGUUAUCGGCGGAAGAGUAUGAGGAGUUGAGUGAAGAGCGUGCGGAUUACGAAGCGUUCGGGGUGGUGUUUGUGGAGGGGGUUAAGUGUGGUAGUUCUGAUCGUUCGGUGGUGUCGGAGCGGUGUAUCGAGGGUCAUGUUGAGUUGCUGAAGAAGGCGUGUCGUCUGUGGCGGGCUUGCGCGGAAUUAUGUCUUUGCAGCCCGCUGUUCCGGUGUCACGCGGCGUCGCAGGCGGCCCUGCCGCGCAGUGUCUCGCUGUUGCGGAUGCUGCUGCGGUUGGCUGCGGUCGACCACGUGUCCGCCACCGAGCUGAGAGUGCAUGUGCGGAUCAUUGAAGCGUUGAUCACUGUGCACUUUGCUGUUGCUGAUGUGACACACGGGCGCUCCAAAGAGCUGAGUUGUGAUGUAAUUCGCAAGGGUCUUGCUUCGCCCGCGGCACUAGCGUCGUCGGGAAGCGAAGGUGGCGCCCUGCGGCCUUUGUGCGAAGCUCUCAUUCGUGUAGCUACUGCGCGCCCUAGUACAAAACACACUAUGCCUGUCUUGACUCAUGCUAAGGUCCCGCCGCUGUUGUGCCCCUCCGGCGGUAGUUCCCCGGGCAGCUCGUCGAGUGAAGAGAGCCUCCCGGCCGUGUACGCGAGCGAACACAGCGACCGGGAUCAUUCCAGGCCAGACGACGGCUAUGAGGCGGACGUAGAGAUUGGCAAACUAGACCUCACAUCAUACAAGAUGGGCAAGUUAGCGGAAUCCAUGUCUUCGGCAGGAAACAGUCCGGAGAAGAAGACUACCUCGCUGGUAGAGUGCGGCGCGUACGAGCGUGGCGCUGAGCUGGCGCAUCCCGAACUUUGCUUGGUCGUAUUCGAUGUUCUGACGCAGCUUAUAGAAAAGCUAGUGUCCCCUGACAGAGAGCCAGCCGAGCGCGCCCGCCUGACCGCCGCGUGCCUGAGCGCGGCGCGGGCGUGCUGCUCGCGCCUGUCGCCGUGCGCGCGGGCCCCGCCGCCCGCCGCCGCGCCCCCGCUGCUGGCGCGGCUGCUGUCCCCCGCCACCGCCGCCUUGCUCUCCACACGGGACGAUCACGCGCCGGAGCUACAAACCUGCAUCCUAGAGCUGAUCCACGUACUAGCAUCGCGUCACAUAUCAGCGCGAGAACUGAGCGCGCUACUUCGUUUGUUCGGAGUAGAAAAACCUCCACUGCGUGCGCUACUUACCGCGUUAGAGCGGCUAGUAAUGGCCGCUCCAUGUGAUGUGCCAGACUAUGCUUUGACAUUCCCUGUGCAGCCUUAUACUUCAGAUAGCGAGCCUCCUAUACCGGAAGAAGCUCAACACGCUAUGUUUAAUCAACAGGCCGAUGUUCUUGCCAAGAAACUUCGAGAUGCACAUCUUGCUGCGGGCGUGCAGUCAGCGUGGUCGCGGCACGCGGCGCGCGCCACGCUGGGCGCGGCGGGCGGCGAGGCGGGCUGGGCGCCGUGGCUGGCCGGCUUCUCGCUGCUGCUGCAGCUCAUGCGGCCCGGCCACAGGGAUGAUACAAGUGAAUGUCACGAUGAAUCUACCUGUUCGGAGACGACAAAACAGCCUGGUUCCCGCCGCGAGUCUCCAGUCAGGGCGGAUGUGUGCGCGCACAUCAUCUCGGUAGGACAUGAGUCGCUCAUGUUUGAAAUUUGGCUUGAAGUUGCUACAGGAAUAAUUCGAUUCCGCUUGACAAGGCCGGAGCUAGGCGGGCAGCGUGUUGUCGCAGAGGAACGCGUGACGCACGCCCUGCCCGCUCGCGAUUGGUUGCAGCUGGCCGUCAAUGUGCAGGAGAGACUGACUGCAAGACGUAUGCACGUCCAGGUCACGAUGUACGUAAACGGCUGCGAAUGGGAGACUAUAUUACUUCCAAUGCAAGGUGUAAUAGUCCGCAAGUCAGCAACGAGCACCGUGCUCUUAGGCGAGUCUGUAGCGGGCGUGUUCCACUUGAGCCGCGCGCACGUGUACCGCUCGAGCGUGAUGUCGGCCGCGUUCGCCAUGCACCUCGCCGCGCACCCAGUCAGCCACUCCUGCCAUGUUAAAUGUGAAUCACCUAACUACUCAUUGUUGUUGACGCCUAAUCUUUUGGAUACAAAAAUGGACUGGGAUCAGGUUUACGAAAUGUCAAAAAGUACACUAAGAGAUCUACACGACCAUUUGUUAUUGACGUUUUCGGCGCGCUCUCCGCACAUAUUCAACAUUUAUUACCCAACCUCGGCGCCAACAGUGUUCGGCGGUCGCGGGGCGGCGGGCGGGGCGGGCGCGGCGGCGGGCGGGCGCGCGGCGGGCGCGCUGCGGGCGCGCUGGGCGGGCGCCGCGAGCGCCGCGCGCCACGCCGGCCUGGCGCCCGCGCUGCUGCUGCUGGGCGGCGCGCAGCUGCUGCUCUACCUCACCGCCAGGGUGGUCGAAUUAGAAGGUUCAGCCGAAGAACAAGCGACUGCGCUCUCUAUAGCUUUACGAAGCGCUCGCAUCGACUCCCGUUUGUACGCGUCCAUGUACGACGAGCACGGCGAAAUGCUUGCUAUGUUGCUGACAAUAUUCGCUGCGAGCCGCUGUAAAGUCACGGAACACAUUCUAAAGGCAAUACUAGAUGCGGCGUGCAGCACUCCUCUAUUGACGAUCAACGGCACUGACAAACAAUGCAAAGUGACGGUUUGCGAGCGAACCGAGGCCGUGUUGUUGGAGCCGCGGCUGUUGUUGUUGCUGACUAGGGCUUGGCGGCACUUGGAGUCUCCACAGGGACAGGAAAUCACAUGGGAAGCGGAAGGCACAGGUGUCCGCUCAAGCGGGUCGGCUUGGGCUUUGACAUUACACUGUAUUUGUCUAUUAUUACGCGAUGAACAUCCUCGACGGGCCUUCAACCACUAUCAGAUGAACCGAGUGGAUCUGCUUGGUGCUUUGCUGCUGGCUUGCAAGGAACGCUACCUAAGCACAGAGUGCGAGCCCAUGGAGCAGUCGUGCAGUUCGUUCCUGGUGCGGGCGGCCCGCGGGCUGCUGCACCCCGCGCCCGCGCUGCAGCGCCUCACCACGCUCGCCGACUUCCUGCUGCUCAUGCACCAGGCCAGCGAUACAUUCGUGACGCACUCGCGCGCCAACUUCUACUUUUUGCUUACGCCUGAACCUCUAGAAAAGAGCGAAUUCGGUCGCAAGCCAUCAAGGCGAAGUCGGCGCCGAGGCACGUCACGCGGGCGUUCAAACAAAGUUAGCGAGAGCAGUGAAGCCGAUAGUGUGGGCAGCUCUGCGGGUGCAAGUGGGAGGGGCGCGGAGGGGGAGGAGUUUGCGAAGGAACACGCCUCGCAUUCUAAGGAGAUGAAGGGAAUUAUCAAUAUGCAGAUCAAAGAGAGCAGAAAACAUAAAAUAUCGUCGACUUCGGAAAACUCUGAUGUAACAAUGGAACGCUCAGACGAAGGCGGGGGCGAAGAGAGGCUAUCAGAACACAAGCAAGAUAGUGACGUCAUCAAGGAAACAUCUGAACAACUCGACGGGCAGAAGGAAACAAGCCCGCGUUCAAAAGCCGCCGGUGAGGCAGUGACGGGUGCCGAAGAUGACUUGACUGACUACAUUGUUGUGGACGUGGACGAGGUCAAUCAUGAAACUGUUGACGUGUACACUGGCACUCUUUAUCAGCAGAAGCGAGUGCGCGCGGGGGCGUCGCCGGGCUGGACGGCGUGCGAGGGCCUGCUGCUGCUGCUGCGGGACUGCCUGCGGGCGCUGCCCGACCACGCGGCCGCGCAGUGGGGCGUGUCCGCGGUAUCGGCGGAGACGCUGAUAGUGCUGGGCAACCACCGCGCGGCGAGCGUGCGCGCGGCCGCCGUGCGCGCGUUCUCCGCGCUGCGGGCGCGCGCGCUGGCCGCCACGCCGCUGCACCACUACAUGCACCUGGCCAAUCAGAUAUCAGCGUAUGAAGGAUCGUGGGAACUCGCAACCGCCUGCGCCGAAUUAUUGACUAAAUGUGACGUACCAUUGGAGGAUCAACUUGACGAUGAAGUUUGGUCCGAACGGAAUGAUGAUUGGACCCCGCGAGCGGCUCCACUGCUGGCGCUUCUGCCGCGGUGCUUGAGUGACGUGCCGCUCGCUCACAACAUCACGCUCAUCAUACGAAGGGUGAUCGAUAAGGCUCCAGUGAAGGCCCUUCACGAGAUAGCAGUAGCCGAAGUCCUGGUGCGGUGCGUGCGGGCGUCCGGCCGCCUCCCGGCGCGCGACGGCGAGCAGCUGCUGCAGGAGGACCUGCACCGCCUGCUGGCCGCGCUCGUGCUGCGACACCACUACACUGCCACGGUGAUAAACGACUUGCACCACAUGUUAACGCACGUGGAGCAAUGUGCGUUACAAUCUGACGCGGAGGACGCACAUGGCGUAGUGCGAGCCGCGCGUGACGCACAAAUAGCGCUGUUCCACGCGCAAUUGGACCAUUUGGAACAGAAGCUGCAUUCUACUUACACUGCGCAUACGAAGUACGCCAAUUAUUUUACUACCGUGCUAUCGUCGGCCGUGUCGCUGGGGGCGGAGGGCGCGGGGCGGGCGGAGCGCGCGGAGCUGGGCGGGCGGCACGCGGCCACGCUGUGGCGCGCCGUCAGCUUCCUGCUGUCGCGCCCGCCCACCGCGCCGCUGCCCAGCCCCGCGCACGCCGCGCUCGCCGACCGCCUGCUGGCCACUCUGCUGCUGGCGGUUAGCGGAUCUACCGCGCAACGUCCCAAAUGGUGGGUGAGCAGCGCUGAUUGGGUGACACCGCUACAAGAAUUGUUUUGGUGGGUCGCUGCUCCAGGUAUUGGUACGAGAGCGCUUCAGCCAGCGCUGCUACGGGCGCUAUACCGCGCGCCGCCACAAGCGCUGCAGCCGCUGACUGUAUCUGAGCCGGGGAAAGUGCGCAAGUUAGCCGUAUACCUGCUGACAAUGCUGAAACACAUCCACCUAUCAGGGUCAAACGAGCCGCUAGUAGAGUUACCCAUAACGGACUGGGCUCGCGGCUGGGCGGUAGGUACCCAGGCUGGGUUGCCAGAGAGACGGCCAAGCGACGCUUUACUGCCCGAAGCGGCCGCGUUGUUACGCCAAGAUAUGGAACGGUGGCGGAGAACGACUGAACGAAAUGCUUCACAGAGAAUCAAGGCUGUCUGGUCUCGUGACGCCCUCGCCGCCAAGCUGACGGAAUCCGCCAUGAGCGUGACGCGGCGCGUGGUCGAGCUGCAGAACUCGCAGCGGAAGAUCUUCAUGGAGCACUUGCGACGUGCGCACGCGCAGCGAAGUACCGCCGCGCAACGCUGGCACCGCGCCGUUGAUGAUUAUACUCACGAGCGAGGGGUGUUCUACGAACCUCACAGCUACCCACAAUCGUGGCAGCUGGACCCAACAGAAGGUCCCGGUCGAGUGCGCGUGCGUCUUCGCCGGGCACAUCUUCGCAUUCCGCCUAAGUUUCUUAAACCUGAACAACAAUAUAAGGCUGAGAUAUGCGAACGGCCGCCGCCUCUGCACAGCGUGCUGAGCGAGAGCGGCGGGGCGCGCGGCGACGGCCCGCGGCUGCACCCGCGCGAGGCCGUGGCGCACAUGGCGCGCGUCACGCGCGUCAGCGUGCAGCGCGACGCGCCCGGCGAGCUGCUGCUCAGCGAGCGCAGCGUGCACUUCGUGCCCGAGACGGAGGAAGACGGCCCCGCCCACUCGUGGCCGUUGGAGCGGCUGGAGCGAGUGGUGACGCGGCGCUGGUGCCUCCAGGAGCGGGCCGUGGAGCUGUUCCUCAACUCCGGCCACGCCCAGCUGCUGGCCUUCGCCGACACCAGCGAGAGGGACGCCUUCGUGCGAGCGCUGGCCCUUUGUCAUCUCCCUGCCAAAAUCGAACCGGACACCUUAGCCGAUGCGAUGUCUGCCUGGCGUAACGGAAGCAUCACCAACUGGGAGUACCUCAUGCGUCUGAACGGCCUCGGUGGUCGCUCCUACAACGACUUGAUGCAAUACCCGGUCUUCCCGUUUGUGGUCGCCGACUACUGCUCCAGGAUCCUGGACCUCAAUGAACCGGCUUCGUUCAGGGACCUGGCCAAACCUAUGGCGAUACAGAACAAGAACAGGGAGCAACAUUAUAUUAAAACUUAUAAUGAUUUGGCAGCGGCGCGUCGCGAAGGUUGCAGCCCGGUGGUGGCGCAGUCGCCGCAUCACUACGCUUCGCUGUACUCCAACUCCGGCGGCGUGCUGCACUACCUCGUGCGGCUGCCGCCCUUCACCGAACUGUUCCUUAACUACCAAGACAACAAUUUUGACAUGCCAGACCGCACGUUUCACUCCAUGAUAACUACGUGGCGGCUCAUCACUAACGAUUCGCCCACAGACGUGAAGGAACUCAUACCAGAGCUUUUUUAUCUGCCGGAGCUUUUUUAUAACAACGAGGGUUUGCAGCUGGGUGUGCGUCAGUGCGGCGCGGCAAUAGACAACGUAGAACUACCGGCGUGGGCGGCGGACGCCAGGAUGUUCACGCUCGCCCACCGCCAGGCCCUGGAGGCCGCCCACGUGACGGAGCGCCUGCCGCAGUGGGUGGACCUCGUGUUCGGCUACAAGCAGACCGGGCAGGCCGCCAUUGACGCCAUCAACGUGUUCCCGGCCUGUACGUACUACGGCUUCGACCCGACGGCAUUGGAAGACGCGGUGGACCGCACGGCGGCCGCGGACAUGGUGCGCAUGUACGGGCAGGCGCCGCGCCAGCUGCUGCGCACGCCGCACCCGCACCGCGCGCCCGACUUGUUGGCGCGCCCGCUCUCACAGGCAGGGGUAAGCGGCGGCGUAUCAGGGUUGAGGUGGGGGCGCUACUGCGGCUCGCCCGCGUUGCCCGCGCCGGCGCUGUGCGCGCGCCGCCCGCCGCAGCCGCCCGCGCGCGCGCCCGCCGCCGUGCAAGCGCUGCCGAUGGCGAGGACGGCGGCGCUGCUGCCGCCGAAUUCCGCGUUGUUCGCGUUGUCAGAUACACACGGAUAUCAAAACAGCCAGUCGUUCGGAUCGAUGGCAUUGCUGUCGUGGGCACACCCGGACGACGUGGUGCGGCUGAAGACACGACGCGACGCGGCUCCGGAAAUGCUGUUCCAUGUUCCUGACUAUGACCGGAUAACCUGCGUGACCACAAUAUGCACCGCCACCGCCUGCCCUUACCCGGUGUUCGUCGGAUACGCGUCGGGCCGUGUUACCGCGUUGAGACUAGCGCGGACCAGCGCCGCGGCGAGUGAAGCGCUGCGCGGGCGGCCGCUGCUGGCGCACUCGCAGCCCGUGGCCGCGCUGCACGCCUGCCCGCGGGCCGCGCUGCUCGUCACCGCCAGCUCUGACGGGAGCAUUGUGCUGUGGGACCUCAACACGCUGACAUACAUUCGCACGUUGCCGAAUCGGCACAUGUUGCCCGUGACGCACGCGACCAUCAGCGCCACCCUGGGCGACGUGGCGACGGCGCACGACCCCCGCAGCCGGCCGCCGCGCCGCAGCGGCCACGACGACGACGCGUACGAACACGACGCGGACAAGUACAAGUCUCUGCUGCGAGUGCAUACGGUCAACGCUAGCUUUGUUGGCAGUGUUAAAGUUCCCGAGCGGAUAUACAGCGUGUGUUACAGCUCAGCGGCGGAGGGAGUGAGCGUGAACAGCGUGGCCUGUGCCCUGGAGACGGGCGCCGUGGUGCUGUACUCCAGCUGGGAUCUCACGCGCCUCGCCACCAUACCCGCGCCCAGGGGACUGUCCGCUCCUUUGUUGAGUAUCGCAUACAGCCCGGACAGCCAAGUCCUGUUCGGGUGCUACGCGGACGGCACGGGCGCGGCGUGGGACUGCGCCGGCGGCUCCGCGCGCCUGCUGCCCGCGCUCGCCGCGCUCUGACGCGGGGGCCGCCAGACCAGAUGACACAGGAGAUAUUGUUUCACCUGAUGGGUUGUAUGAACGGUUUGAUCGUCUUUGUUUGUUCGGUUAGCUUCGACGAUAGAAAAUAGGAAAUCAAUGUUUGUGAUUAAACCGUGCCACUUGCGACUUGGAGGCUGAUGUGACAUAAUGAAAAAACACAAAGAUGUCUAUCUUUAAACGAGUCCAUAAAGUGAGUAAGAAUAAUUAAGGUACAUCAGAUAUAAACGAAGCAAAAUGUAAGAGCUAAGGUGUAUACUACUUGAUACAGUAACACAUAGACUACCAUUAAAAUUAUAGUAAAACGGUCUUAGUAAUGCAAUGACUACGAUAUAACAAGAUUAAAGUGAAAAGUAGUAUGUGGGCCUGGGACCUGUAGAACCAUACACUGUACAUCCCAAAACUUAUUAUUAUCUGACCCAAGCAUUGCCGCUUGCGACUUACGGCUGGCGUUACAUAAUACAGGGAUUACGAUGCUGAUAUUAACACGGUCUUAGUAACAAAGAUUACGAUACAAGAAGAGGCAGCUAGAAGGAGGCCGUAUGUAUAUAGAGCCACACUUUCAAUAUCACACUGUUAAUAUAUAGUUCAAAAUUUUCGUAACUUUGUGUUUGUGAAAAGUUAUUAAACUUAUAACUUAUAUAAUUCAAGCAUGAAAUAAGACUACGUCUAAUCUAUUAGGAUUAUGGAGUACAUGAUAAUAUUUGAUCACUUUGUCAUAAAUUUAUGUAUACCGCUUUUACAAAAACUUAUUUUUUCUAUUCUUCUCAAUAACUAAAUUUCCAAUUCUAAAUUUUUUUUUCAAAACAAUUUCUUUCACUAUCACUGAAUCUUAAUCCAAACAGAGUUGUUAAAAGUUGAAAAUAUUCUAGUUAAUAUCUAAAUUUAUAAGAAGUCCUGGCGAAAGAUUACUUCUAGAGUACUCUAAACCAACCAGUUUGCAUGAAGAGAGUUAUGAAUGCGUAUGAAGGGAAUGAAGUAGGCAAGGAUUGCGUAAAUGAAAAGAUGUAGUCUCUGCCCAUCCCGCCAGGAAAGACGCAAGAUUUUAUGUAUGUGUUGCUUUGCUACGAGAGUGCGGUUAAUUAGUAAGGAUUGAAUCAAAAUCGCCUAACUUGUAAAGUGCUUCCAGACUUGUGUAAUAAAGUGAUUGGUCGCAAAGCGUCUUAUCCUCAUCCUUUACUCACUCAUAUGGUUAUUAUGAGAUGGCGGUAUAUACCGUAAUUAGCUUAAACUAAGCGAUUGAAAUAAAGACUACAUAUCCAUGAACUGAUGUAAUGUUACAGGGUGUCUCAUUUAUAUGUAAAACAUAUCUUUUAAAUUAUUUAACAUUAAGAAUAAUUAUAUCUUUUUCGUUUAAAGCAUUCCUUUUGUAUUCAUGUCAUAGUUGCGACCAAACUUGUUUUUGCCUUGUUAUAAAAUAUAGGUGAAAUAGGGUUUAAAAAUAAGAUAUUAAUUCGAAGAGUUAAUAAUUGUAGAAAGAUUUAUCAAGCAAGGAAUAUUGAAGUCUGCACGUUUCAUAAAAUAUGUACUAUAAGAGAUAAAGCAAUAAUUAUUUGUAAGUGGAAUAUGUUUAUAGAAAUAUUUACGUUAUUUGCAAUUUAUAUAGGUAUGUUAUAAAAUAAGAGAAGAAUGAAAAUAUGUGCAGCGUUUUAACCAUAUAUUUUUCUACAAAGUUGCUCCAAGUAUAUUUUAAUAAAUCAUACAUGCAUUAUGAAAUUACUUUAUGCAAAUAAAUAAAUUUUACAUAAGAUACGUGUAAAAAUGUUAAAU